AGUGACGUCAAAGUAGUGCGACUGCGCAAUCGCACCACCUUUACGUCAUGACGUGAAUCUCUGCCUCUCCUACGAGCCGAAAAUGGCGGAGUAUCUGGCAUCCAUUUUCGGCACAGAGAAAGACAAGGUCAAUUGUUCUUUUUAUUUUAAAAUCGGCGCUUGCAGACAUGGAGACCGCUGCUCGCGAUUGCAUAACAAACCGACCUUCAGCCAGACCAUCUUGAUUCAGAACAUCUACCGUAACCCCCAGAACAGCGCACAGACGGCCGACGCUUCACGCUGUGCCGUCAGCGAUGUGGAAAUGCAGGAGCACUACGACGAGUUCUUUGAGGAGGUGUUCACAGAGAUGGAGGAGAAGUAUGGCGAGGUGGAGGAGAUGAACGUGUGCGAUAACUUGGGCGACCACCUUGUCGGGAACGUCUACGUUAAGUUCCGUCGUGAGGAGGAUGCAGAGAAGGCCGUCAUGGACCUGAAUAAUCGCUGGUUCAACGCCCAACCCAUCCACGCAGAGCUCUCCCCCGUCACUGACUUCAGGGAAGCGUGCUGCCGCCAGUAUGAGAUGGGAGAGUGCACCCGAGGGGGCUUCUGCAACUUCAUGCACCUGAAGCCCAUCUCGCGGGAACUACGAAGGGAGCUGUACGGCCGCCGCAAGAAAGGGAACGGCUCGGAGUCGCGCUCCCGGGAAAGACGCUCCCGUUCGAGGGACCGACGGCGGGAGCGCGAGAGGCCGAGAAGGUCGAGGGACCGAGAGCGCUCUGGAAGGUUCUGAAUUGAUCCACGACCGACCCACACGAUGUCCUACCGAACCCCCCCCUCCCGACCCCGGCAGUGAUAACAAACGUAUUUUCUUUAUUGUUAAAUCGUUGACAGUGUUUUUCUUUUAUUCCCUUUUUUUAAGACGAGCUUGUGUCGCUUUCUCAAUAAAAACAGAUUUGUAAUUCUCCA